GUCUGGUAAUGUUUAACAACUUCCUGGUAGUAAUGGUGAAAGCGAAGCUUGAGUGGAUUUUUAUUCACUCAUUCCUUCUUGUAAUCUGUGAGAAGUGUGCUACAUUUUAGUUCAGAAUGGAGAUAUCUACAGUAAACUGAUCAGAAAGCAGAGCUGCUUGUGUAUGGAGUCAUUUUUCAGAGAAAGGGAUACCUUUUUCACAAAUGUUUUAUGUAAAUGAAAAGCAGCAUAAAAUGACCUGAGAAUGCCAAAUUCAAAAGGAUCUGAAUUUUCUUCCUGUCAAAAUUUCUGUUGGCUGCAUCCUGUAGUGCUGUUUACAGUCUGUGUAUACACAUGGAUUUGCAGAAAUAGUACUGUUUACCAAAGUGUUACAGCAUACCGAAAGAGGAGAAGCUGUAUUCUCUGAGAUGAGAAACAAUUGCAUCUUUAUUAUGCUGCAUAUUUUCUGUUUUUCUAGUUUGCAGGUCUUUAUGAAGUUCAGCACUAUAGAUCGAAAAUAUGGAUUUCACCAAAACUGAUUUGCAAUUUGAAUGUGGCUUUGCCCUUUCUGAAGCCUUAUACUAGCAUAUAUUUGUCAUUCUUUGUAAUGUUUGGGAAAUCAGGUUAUCAAGCUGUCCCUCUUGGUGACUGGAACCAACCCUCUAUAAACUCGGAGUUGUAUAAAGGGACUAGUUCCAACAUUUUAUUUUCCACUGAUGCUGGUAGUUCAUAUGACUAUGUACCAAAAAUUGACGACAGUGACCUGAGAGACAAGUCUCAAGGGCUGCUAUCCUGGAUAUGCAGUGGGAUUGUAACUUUGCUUGUAGCACUGUUGACACUGGUAACUUUGCCCAUCAGUGGCUGGUUUGUCCUGAAGGUGGUUCCUAAUUAUGAGAGAAUUGUUUUGUUUCGCUUAGGCAGAAUACGAGCCCCUAAAGGGCCAGGUGUGGUCCUUGUAUUGCCUUUUAUUGACCAGUGGAAGAAAGUGGAUCUCCGGACAAAAGCCUUUAAUGUGCCACCCUGUAAGAUAAUGACAAAAGAUGGGGCUCUAAUCUCAGUUGGGGCAGAUAUCCAGUUUCGGGUCUGGAAUCCAGUUUUGUCUCUAGUGGCUGUCCAGGACUUAAAUAACUCCACACGAAUGACUGCACAGAAUGUCAUGACAGAUACUUUAAUUAAAAAGCGGCUGAAAGAAAUCCAGACAGAGAAGCUACGAAUCGAGGAGUAUUUAGUGGCUGAUAUUAACUACAGGACAAAGGCCUGGGGUAUUGAAGUAGAUCGGGUGGAGAUGAUGAUUGAAGCAGUGAUUAAGUUACCCGAAGGAUCUGUUCCAGGAGGACACCUGAUCAUGCCACCCGGAGUUCCUGGUCUGGAAUGUCUGUCGGGUCCACUACAGCAGAUGGCAAUGCACUUCCUUAGCAAGGACGCAACCCCAACCCAGCAGGAAGCAGGAAGUAUUGAGAUAGUGAAUGAAACUACCUGUGUCUCUGCGCCCACUUCUCUUCAUCUCAGCGUGGAAGAUCUACUGUCGGCGGUGGAGGUGUUCCUGUCUGAAUCUCUUGUGAACCGAGUUCAAGCGUUGUAUCAGUUUAAUAUAACAAUGAGCAAUGGGACAGUGAAAACCUGUUUCUUGGAUCUCUCACAAGGUACUGGUAAAGCAGGCCAAGGAGUCCCCUGCAACACUCCUGAUGUGGUGUUAGAUAUGUCAGAAGAGGAUCUGCUAGCAAUUUUUUCAGGUAAUCUUCGACCUCUUGGAGCAUAUAUGAGUGGACGGGUACAGGUGCAUGGAGACCUGAAGACAGCAAUGCGACUAGAAGAAGUAGUGAAGGCACUAAAGCACCAGUAGAUGGCAGUAUAAGUACAGAAUGCUACCCUGGUAUAGACCAUCAGCUUUAUCAUGGUCAUGGUUCCUCUGAGUAAUGCAGCCUUUAUCCAGAAAACGCUUUUUAACAACUAGGAAAAAAUUCAGAAAUCAUAGGAACUGCAGACAUAUCUGAUCUUCCACUGAAGGAACUGACUUGUAGCUUUUGCUCUUUAUUUAAGUAAAAUUUCAAUUGAUUCCCGUUUUUCUUAUUAAAAUUAAAUGCCCAUCUGAAAAACUGUGAGACAAAAUUAUGCUGAACUGCUUAAGAUGUGUGCAUUUCUAUACCUUUAAUGGGUUAUGAUGGAGUCCUGGUUUUCAGAUAUCGAUUUGUAGAUAUUAUAACUGUUUCAUGUUGGUACCAUUAUUCAGUUUCCAGUGGCAGGGCCUCUGGGUAUGAGAGAGAUAGUACUACCUCGUUCAUACUGUAUGAAAUGUAAAUUAUAAUUAAUAUGCAGUGAAAGGCAUGCAUUUAUAAAUUAUACUGUCAAGAACUGUGUCAUCUGAUAUACAUGUUAAAAGGUUUUAAUAAUACAAAUGAAAGUAAAGGCACCACACUUUAAAAAUAAACAGAAAGCUCACCAAAAGCGUUAAUAUUUCUUUGAGUAUCCACACUGUGCAGCACAGUGUAAGACUGUGACAAAUGUGAAAAGGCAGAUGGAUUAAGGCCUUUGGAUUUUUAACACUACCUAUUGCACUAUUUUUAUCUUUCUGUCUUGAUAUUGUAUUCAUUUUCAGAUUUCAAAAGUAUAAUAUAUUUUUUAAUGCUCACCAUUCUGUCACAUACAUAUUUGGAUUUUCAUUUUAUUAAUUUCUAUCUAUUACUGCUCUAAUGGAAGACUAAAGAAUCGUUCAUUGUGCAAUA